AGGCGCGCGCAGGAAGGGGCGUGGCUACGAGUUUGGAGUCCCGCGCGCGACUCUCGCGAGACUGGUAGAGAGCGGAAGCACAGUCUGUGCAGGAUGCGGUUCCUAGUUGUGUUGGUCGCGCUGAGUGUCGCAGUGGCGGUAGCUGACGAUGCCAGUUCGGCAGACAAUCAGAACGUAAACACUACCCUUACGGCCUCUGGAGCCUCCUCUUCGAACAUGGAGCCAGAGAUAAAUAGUACGGAAAAGGUACUCGCUUUGAACCCGUCUUCCAAUAACGCAGGCUCUAACAGCUCACAAAUAGGGCAGCUGAAGGUUAGCGCAAACUCUAGCAACUCAAAUACCGAGUCGCCGAACGCGAGCGCAAACACUGGCAACUCAUCCCAGGAGCAGCAGGGGACAAGCGCAAAUACUGGCACUUCGACUACGGAGCAGCCCCAGAAAAUCAGCGCUUCUACGCCUCCUGCUCUGCCGAAGACCACGGCAGAGAAAUACCAGUCCAGCAAGGCAGUCUCCAACCCCAGCCCUGGUAACACUCAGCCCGAGAGCAGCAUAAGCGGCCAGGCUGACAAAGCAGGGACCUCGCAGCCUGCUUCCAGAGCUGAGUCCACGGAGGACUUGAUAGUGGACUCUGAGCUCCCUUCUUCCCAGCAGGAGGGGGAGGACAAGCCUUUAGAGCCUGCUGAAGGUGCGGAGCCCAAGGAGGCUGGAGAAGGUGAGGCGUUUCCUGAAGAGGACUCACCCCUGGAGGAAGAGAAGGAGAAGAUGCCGGGGCCUGCCUCCGGGGAGACCCGCGAGGGUCUGCUUCUGGAUCCCAUGAGCAGGGAGAAGGAUGAGCUUUUCAAGGACAGCCCUGGAAGUUCCCGCGCAGAGAGCAGCCACUUCUUUGCCUAUCUGGUGACCGCGGCCGUUCUCGUGGCUGUCCUCUACAUUGCCUAUCACAACAAGCGCAAGAUUAUUGCUUUUGUCCUGGAAGGAAAAAGAUCCAGAGUCACUCGGCGGCCAAAGGCCAGUGAGUACCAACGCUUGGACCUGAAGCUUUGACUUCUGUCCACAAGAACCUUGUCCUCCCUGCUGAUUUGUUUCUAAUUCGAGAAAUGAGGAGACAAGUACUGUGACCUCAGAGCCACCCUGCUUGGGGGUUUGGUGGCAAGUGUGGGCUGGCAGAGGCAGGGGACUGACUUGGGUUUUGCACCUGCACUUUGGUGAUGUUGUACUCCUGUGUUCCCUUUAUUUAUGCUGGUGUCAUUUGUCCUCUUCUCCCGAGUGUGAGUGGAGGGAGCAUGUGGAAACGACUAUGACCAAAGGGAGACCCCAGCCCUGGGCAGACCGUGCCGCUGACCAUGCUCCGUUGGGCCUUGACUGUAGUGAGGGAGCCCUUGACCAUGGCAUUGCCCUCUCCACAGUCUGUCUCUGCAGACCUAGGAGAAGACUGAAGGUAGAGGUGCUUUUCCACUAAAGUCUCUUAUUCUGGGGGAUGUGCCCUACAAAGAAAUAGAAGAUGGUGAAGCACGAUGGGCAGAGGCUGCAUUGAACACGUGAUUUUUAUUAGAGGCUUCAGCAGCAAACCAAAAUAGCAGGUUAAAACAUGCUAACCUGUCUAGCAUAAGUUCUUCUUGUUUUUCUUAUAUUUUGUAUUCCUUGAGACAAAGUGAAUCAACUCCCUUUGAUUGUACUGAGUGUAAAAUUGAACUUUGGGUUUCUGGAAGUAAAGCCACUGUUCUCAUCAGA